UUACCAGUUCCACGGUGAGCUCAACGAACGGGCAGUUACCUUUCCGUUCUGACACCGCGAGGAUCUACCUCCCUCUACUGCGGAGCUCGCUGAUCGCCACUUCUGGGUAGCUCGGGGAGAGAAACGAGCCGCCUGAAAAAUGACGCCGAUCUUGUUUGGUUGCGCGGUACUCGCGUUUUUUAGCAAGGUACAGGCGAUAUCGUCGUCCUGGCAACCGAUCGUGCCAGUUCACAGCAGCGGCGCGAGUUUGCUGCAUCAGGAGGCAUCGAUUUUCGGAAACGCGCCUACGCAGACGCUCUACGACAUGGACAGUCCUCAUCUGCUGUUGUCGAACAACAAUCAAGGCCAGUGCUCGCUCUACAAGGUCGCAAUGAACCAGCAACUCUAUUUUGAGUACAUUCAUUACAAGAUAGACCUGCCGAGCAUGAAGGAGUUCACCCUCUGCAUGUGGACGAAGUUUUACAAUCACAGCAACGACCAUCCCUUGUUUUCUUACGCAGUUGGCGAUCAACCGCGAGGGAUACUGUCAUGGGUUGCAAACACCCCAAGGAGUUCGUACUACAUGCUGAACGUCAACGGUCACAACUUGUACAGAUUGAAUUAUCCGCUUAGACUUAACAAGUGGUACCACUCCUGUCAGAGCUGGAACGGCCGCACCGGCGAGUGGCAGAUCUGGGUCAACGACGAGCGCGUCGGUCGCGGGUUCAACAACAGGUUAGUCGGGCAUGUUAUCAAGGGUGGCGGAAUUGCUAUUUCCGGACAAGAGCAACGGCAACUGGGUGGCGGUUUCCUGGAGGGAGAAGACGCGCCACCAGGUUCGGGCGGCUACUUAGGAGAGCUGACGAUGGUGCAGCUGUACAACGUCGCGCUGACUGCGGGAAAGGCGCACAAAGAUCACAAGCACCACCACGCUCAUCAUUACGAACACGAUACGAGUAACAACACACCACGGACCACCACGCGAGCGCCUGUAACCGGACCGCCCCUGCCGCCUCAUCCCUUCCUCACCGGCGGCCAGAUCAAUACACAAGUGAAGAUCAAUCCGGGAGCGCCGAUUCAGAUCGUACAAAACGGCGUGACCAUUCGUCAUCCGGCGUUGCCGCCGGUUCCGGAAUCGCCCCCGCAGCCGCUUCCGCCUUUGAAUCUCGACGUACUGUCGACGACCUACCCCGCUCUGGCAUCGCAGUUCAUCAGCAAUCCGGUACAGCAACAGUUAUCCGUGGCUGCUGGACCAUCGUCGAUCUUUCCGAGCGGGUCCUAUCACAAUCUCUUCAAAAGGGAGAAAAACGAAUCGAGAAAACGAGACAUUCACGACGAGGCGGUUGCGUCCGAUUUGACCAAGAAAUCGGUCGAGAAGAGAGACGCCGCGAAAGCUUCGGAAGCUGCUGAUUCCGACAAUAAGGUGUCUUUUGUGCCGAGGUCGGGAACUGUGGAUGACAAGAAGCUGGGAAAGCGCGAGACCGAGAAGAAGAAGAAGAGAGAACUGUUGCAAUUGGGCGACGGAUCGAUCCUCGACGACGGGUACUCCAUCCCUCAGGGUUUGGACAACGACUAUUACGCGGGACUGACGAGUUACGGCCUCGAGCUCGCGAAAGAGACGGAGGACGAGGAAGAGGAAAACGUACGCGAGCCCGCCGAGGCCGAGGUUAGGCAAGUGAUGGACGUGUGCGACGGCUGCGUCGACGAGCCAUUCGAGAAGGCGCUGGUAAUGAGCUGGAGAUCUGUGCCCAAGAAGCUCUACUCCGGCGCGCUGUUCUUGCCGGCCGUGCAAGCGUGCAAAGCGUUCUAAAACGAAACGCGAUGAAUCGCGCGAGGACACUCAUGAUGGACGUUGCAUGAAUUCUCAGGGAAUUUAUCGAGCGUCCGCGAUUAAAAGAUCCGGAUCGCGAUUGACACGAUUGACACGACGUCGAUGAAGAUUGACAAAGAAAUCGACGAUCUCUCUUUUUUCUCUCUGGAGAACGGAACAUUCCCAAGUAUCCCACGCCAUGUUUAGAUUCGCUGAUUGUAUUUUAUAAGUUGUUAUGGGCAACGAUGACCGAUGUCACUUGCACGAGUCACGCGAUUUUUAAUUAAAUUUCCUUUGUCAGUUAUCAGUUUUUCUUGUUGAGUAAUUAUUUCUAUUAGAGCAAAGUCGCGAGUAAGAAUCGUUUUCGUGUUAAAUUUGUUUUGUUUUAUCGCGUAUUUAUGCAUCUCGCUCGAUUGAAAAAAAAAAAAAAAAAAAAACAACUUACAAAUAUUUAUUCAAGACGCGAAAGCUUUGCACGUGACACGACAUCUUGCCGAUUAUAUUUAUUCUCUGCCCCGCUUAACUGUUACAACGAUUAAGUUUGAGAAUUCCGUAAGUGCUACGAUGUACGAUAAACGUCGCGAUAACCCGUAUACGAAGAUAGUCUUAAGAGAAAUUGAAUUUAACGGAGUUACGUAACGUCGAUGUAAUAGGACAGUAUUAUCUCGUAAAGUUCGAGGAACUGAACGCGAAUAAUAUAACGAUCGCUUUUACUGGAAUACUCAUUUCAGAAGAUGCGUUUUAGGAUGCGUGCUGAUCAGUCGACUUCGGCGCGACAAAAACGCAGAAUUUAAUUAAACGACGACGGCAGAAUGACCGCCUUGAUCGAUCAGCAACGUACAGUACAAUACGUAAACUCGAGACUUAGCUCUUAGUAUUUUGUAUUCUGUACGUAAAUGUGAUGUGUAUGCCGAAUAAACUUUUGUAAACACUCGU